AUGCCUCGCUUCUGCCUGCGCUGCACGCGAAGGGGGCCGCUUUGCCGGUUGGCCGCAGACGCCGCGGGGGCGGGGGCCGCGGCCGCCGUGACGUCGCGUCGGUAUCGAGGCUCACACGAGCGCGAGGACGUCGACGGCACCGGCACCGGCAACGUCGCGAAGGGGGAAGCCGCGGAAGGUCCCACGCAGCGGCUGCAGGCUGCCGCGGCGAGGGCGGUGCGGUACCCGCAGGUGCGUGUGGCACUUCGCCCGUCCGCGGUGGAAGAGGCGGAGCCCGGCCUCGAAAAGGCGCCGCAGCGGCAGGGGACGGUGGCGGCGGAGGAGGAUGAGCUGCAGGCGUUCCUGCGCGAGAAGCGGUGUGAGGUGGAGGGGGCCCACUUGGAGCGCAACGCCGCCAUCCCGUACCCCACGCACCCCGACGACGUGGUGCCGGAGUUCCGCCGCAUUAAGCGGCAUCAGGCGAUUGUGGUGGUCGCCACGGACCCUGACUACCCCGUCUUUGCGCGGCAGGAUCAGUUUGUGCAGCUGCCGCCGCCCGAAAGUCACCCGUGGGUAAAGAACACGCCCAUCGGGCCGUUUGUCGUGCACGGUGACGGGCAGCUCGGUGUCGUGGGCAGCGGCGAGGUUGGCUUUGACGACGGGCAUGCGGCGGCGGCGCUGCCACGCAGCUUUCGUGGACUGCAGCACCGCUCCGUCCUCCAGCAACGCCUCCCGGAGAAGAACGGCAAGGUGAUUCAGGACGCCGUCGUGAAGAACAGCUUCACUCUCACCGGUCGGGGGGUUUUCGCGACGAGGGACAUUGCGGCAGGGGAGACUCUCAUGGUUGUGCGCGACACGGCCAGCAACCUUGGGGUGAAGGGCGAGGUGGAGCGGCUGGUUGAGAUGUGCAGUGAGGUGCUGCUCACCGCCUACGAGGGGGGUCCGGCAGAGCUGAGUUAUUUGCACGACUGGGUUUUCACCGGCCAGCCCUCGUCGUUGCUGGAGUUUUGGCCGGCGUCCGCCACGGAGCGGGUGCUGGAGCGCAUCGGCGGCGUCGAGGUCUUGCACGCGCUGGAGUUGCACAACAUUCACGUUGCCCGCCUCGCCGCCAUUAUCGACAUGAACAGCUUCCUCGUGGAGUCCUCCUACGCGGUGCGGAAGGGCAUGGCGUACUUCCCCGAGGCGGGAUUCCUCAACCACAGCUGCGCCCCGAAUGCGACCUACGACGUGCUGCCGGAGCACACCUUCCGAGAGUCGGAGUACUACCUGGACGAGGUCGCCGCCGGCGCACCGCCUCCAGUCCCGCAGGAUGCCGCCAUUGCAAACCGGAGCCACGCGGCGGAUGCGACCAUGGCAGGCGCGGCAGACGCAGCCACGGCCCGCGAGUUGACAACGGCGACGGCGGUGCAAUACCUGUUUUGCUGCCGCGCCACCGCCAACAUCCCCGCUGGGGCGGAAAUCCUGAUCAGCUACGUCCCGCCCGAGUGGUCCUUUGACAAUCGUCAGUACGUGUUGCACGAUCGCUACCGCUUCUGGUGCAAGUGCUCAAAGUGUGCCCCCACGCUGGACGCCACGUAUGCCCGGGUGCCAAGGUUCAUUGUUUUGAUGUUAUUUUUUAGUAUUUUGCUGCAGCUGCUCGUGCUGCAUCAGCGCGACGUGGAACAGGCGGCCGCGCGUGAAGCUUCGGCGACGGAGGAAUCCUUUGCCCUACACGGAGAAGAGGCUGACGACGGCGAAGCUGAUGGUGAUGGUCAAGCCGCGGGGGUGCGGCGACGGCGCCAGCGCCCGCCACGACCCCGCCCACGUGGGUUAUUUGAGCUGCUUGAGGAGGAUAGGCUGCAGGAUCUGUACGCCCUUGACAGAGGCCGCAUACCUGCGCCGCUUGCCAACGAUCCGUGGGCGCGGCCACCGCGGUAG